AUGCGUUUCGCUCCUCUCAUCCUCACCGGCCUCUUCGCCCUUACCGCGAACGCCCAGUCCACCACCUCUUCUGCUUCGGCUCCUCAGAACUCUGAACAGGCCGCCAUCAUCAAGUGCCUAGAGGCUUGCCAGGAGGGCGACGUUGCUUGCACGAGCAAGUGCAUUGCUGUUCCUAAUCCUUCCGAGGACGAUGUCAAUGAGACAAACGACUGCGUAGCAGACUGCCCUAAGGGUGACGGCACCGAAUCCGGCAACGCCAACUACCAAAAGUGCCUGCAAGACUGCAUCGACAAGCAUUACUUCACUGCCACCACGGGUGGCGCGGCUGUUGCCAACCCUACCUCGCCCGCUAUCACCACCACGAGCGUUACCAGGACUAAUGUCGUUGUUGUGAGCACGGUCACCAGUGGCAGCUUUACUACGACCGUUACGAGCACUAGUACACCGUCUGCUGAGCCUAGCUCUGAUGGUGAUGAUGAUGAUAGCAAGGGUACUAGUACGUCGACUGUUGAGAGCACGAGUAGUGUUGGUUCCGCGGGUAGGGUGGCUGUUGGGUCAUUGGGAGGUUUCUUGUUGGGGUUGGCGGCGAUGCUCUAG